CAUAGUUUUGAAGAAGAAGAUAGUCAUAGCACAGGCAAAACAGAAGGGAUCAGAACAACACUGAAGAUCAUGGGAAUAGAAGAAGAAAAUCAUGAUCAUGAGAACCCUUUAUUGCAGUCUCGGUCAGGUUUUCCAUCAUCAUCACCAGUCCAACCUCCCUUCAAGAGAACUGGAACUUUGUGGACUGCUGUGGCGCAUAUAAUUACUGGAGUGAUCGGGUCGGGUGUACUAUCAUUGGCGUGGAGCUUGGCUCAGCUAGGGUGGAUCGCAGGUCCAUUGUCCAUGCUGUUCUUCGCAUUCGUCACCCUUCUUUCCAGCUUCCUUCUAUCCAACUGCCACAGGUCUCCCCAUCCUGAACAUGGUCCCAUCAGAAAUCGGUCCUAUCUCGAAGCUGUUCACACCACUUUAGGAGAAAAGACUGCGUGGGUAUGUGGACUUUUUAUACAAAUAAACUUAUAUGGGACUGGAAUUGCCUACGUCAUUACAUCAGCUACCAGCAUGAGGGCGAUACAGAUAUCAAACUGUUACCACAAGUACGGGCAUGAGGCUACAUGUGAAUUUGGAAAUAGUUUGUUUAUGCUGUUGUUUGGAGCUGUUCAAGUUGUCAUGUCUCAAGCACCAGAUUUCCAUAAUAUACAAUGGCUCUCAAUUGUCGCGGCGAUCAUGUCCUUCGCCUAUUCCACCAUUGGAAUAGGACUCGGGGCUGCAAAAGUCAUAGGAGAUGGAAUAGUGAAGGGUAGCAUUGAAGGAGUCUCAAUGUCAGCAGCACAGAAAGUAUGGUCAGUUUCUCAGGCACUGGGGGAUAUUGCUUUUGCCUAUCCAUACUCCAUAAUUCUCAUGGAAAUACAGGAUACUCUGAAGUCACCCCCACCAGAAAAUGAGACCAUGAAGAAGGCCUCCACCAUGGCAAUCUGUAUUACAACAUUUUUCUACCUCUGCUGUGGAGGCUUUGGAUAUGCAGCCUUUGGUGAUCAAACUCCAGGGAACCUCUUGACUGGUUUCGGAUUCUACGAGCCAUACUGGCUCAUUGAUUUUGCAAAUGCUUGCAUCGUUAUUCACUUAGUUGGAGGAUAUCAGGUAUUCAGUCAGCCAUUCUUUGCGAUUGUAGACAAAUGGUUUGGUGAGAAGUUCCCAGACAGUGACUUUAUCAAUAGUCACUACACUCUCAAACUCCCCUGGUUGCCUACUCUGAAACUAAAUCUUUUCCGGCUGUGUUUCCGAACUGCUUAUGUUGCAUCAACAACUGCAAUUGCAAUGAUCUUCCCAUACUUCAACCAGGUCUUGGGAGUGUUAGGAGCCUUGAACUUUUGGCCAUUGUCUAUAUAUUUUCCGGUGGAAAUGUAUUGUGUGCAGAGGAAUAUUAGAGCCUGGACAUCAAAGUGGAUUGUUCUUCAAAUAUUUAGCAUUGUUUGCUUGCUUGUAACAAUGAUUGCCUUGAUUGGAUCAAUUGAGGGACUUUUAACCGCAAAGUUCAGCUAAAUAUAUUGUUAAUCCUUAAUACUUAACAUAGUCAUUUCAUUUUUAUCGAUGCUUCUAUUUGGUUAUGGAUUAGAGAUUAGAAGGAUUCAAUCACCAUUGAUUUUGCUUUGAAAUGGAAG